AUGGCGAUGAACGCACGGAUUGCAACGUUUGCCAAAACAAACUUGGCGGUGAAGAAGAGGAUGAAGACUGUCGAGGACGGCUUCCAAGAGCUGAAGGCCAAGUGGACCAUGGCAAAAGAACAAGUGGCAGGAAACACUUCACUUUCCGUCACGAUGUUCAACAACAUCAAGCAGGGGAUCCAGGACGUUCAAUACAUGAGCAGGAUAAACAAAGGGAUCCCGCCCCCAAAUAGGCAGCAGGACCCUCCAAGACGAAGGUCAAACACAAAUAGGAGCCGUGAACCAACCUCUGCGCCUCAAUCCUCAAGCCCACCACUACCGCCAGCACCCAUCCUGCCUUCCCCUCCUUCUCCACCACCAGCAGCCCUACUCCCUUCCCCAUCUCCACCACCACUAGCGCCGCUCCUCCCUUCCCCGCCCCCACCUCUACCUGCACCCGUCCUCCCUGCCGCGCCUGCGCCCCAAACUGCGCUUUUCUUGCCCGGAUCAACUCCAACAUUGCUUUUGCCCCCCUAG